CUCUCACACGCAGCCUGUCCGGUAGGAUGGGACCAGCAGCCAGAUAUCCAUGCAUGCCUGACCGCUAGUCUACUUCCUGGAUGGAAGAAUGGGACAUUUCCAGCACCACUUUUCUUCGCAUUGUGCAUUGCUCUUCGCCACGCUGACGCCGCGGACAAUCAGUUCAUAAUGACCAUGCGUAAUCAAUAUUAUUCGACCACUUUUCCCUUGUAGUUAAAGACAGCGAUUGAUCGUCGAUUGACCCCUCCACACUUCGGGAAUGUCGCUAUCUGGAAGCCCGCUACAGGCACGGUGGAGUCCAGCAGAUUUUGAGCUGUUUUUGCACGGCUGUGGUGUACGCAACGUUUCAUUAUUCCUCGAAGCUGAAAACAGCCCUUGCUCGGACCGGAGGCGAAUAAAUGUGUCUUUUUAAAAAGACAAAACAGUGACUAUAUCGUCGAACCGCUAACCAUUACUUUGAUGCUCUGCCUUCGUGGCUGCUGUGCCAACUUCGUUUCAGCGUCGGACGUGUGUGUAUGUGAUUUUUUUUUUCCCCCUGAAGAAGAGAAAAGACUGAAAAACUUUGUCAUCCGUUGCCUUCUUGUUACUCUCGAUGAGUAGUCUAACAUGUGGAGAAUACGGGAACCGAGUUACUGGUGGAUUUUAUCCUUAAUGUUUUUAACCUUGCCCAAACACAAAGAUUGUCACCCUGUUGCAUCGGGUGGCCACCCUCACCUCCACGCUGGAGACGGGUACCAUGGGAGCACAGUCGUAAUGAGGGAGAGGAGGGCAGCUGGUGACCCCUACUGGUCCUAUUCAGGAAGCCAUGGACCUCGAGGCUGGGUAGCCUCAUACCCAGAGUGUGCUGCGAAGAACCAAUCACCUGUGGACAUUGCAGACGAAGAAGCUUUGGUUUCAGAGGAGUACCAGGAGCUGGAGCUUGACAAGUUCAACACUGAGUCCUCCAACCAGACCACCAUGAAAAACACUGGAAAGACAGUUGCUGUUCUCCUUAAGGAUGACUACUUUGUAAGAGGUGCUGGACUGCCGGGGCGUUUUAAGGCUGAGAGGAUGGAGUUUCACUGGGGCCACAAUAAUGGAUCAGCAGGCUCAGAACACAGCAUAAAUGGCAGAAGGUUCCCUGUAGAGAUGCAGAUCUACCUUUACAAUUCAGAUGACUUUGACAGCCUCAGCGCUGCCAUCAAGGAAAGACGCAUCAUUGCUGCCAUGGCCGUCUUCUUUGAGCUGGGCCAAAAAGACAAUCCAGCUGUGGACCCUAUCAUCCAGGGAUUGAAAGGAGUAGUGCAUCAUGAAAAGGAAACCCACCUCAGGUCGUUUAUCCUGAGGGAUCUGCUGCCAUCGUCAGUGGACAGUUAUUACCGAUACACCGGCUCUUUGACCACGCCGCCCUGCAGCAAGGUAGUGGAGUGGAUCAUCUUCUCCAGGCCCGUGUAUUUGUCCCACUCACAGCUGGAGGCCUUUUACUCCAUCUUUACAACAGAGCAACAGGAUCAUGUGAAGUCUGUCGAGUACCUGUGGAACAACUUUCGGCCCCUGCAGGACCUGGACAAUAGGAAGCUCUUUAAGUCGGCUGUAAAAGACGCAUGGCAAAAAGACUUGACUGAGAUCCUGGGAAGCCCUCAUAGCCCUGAGGCUUCAAGAGUGUGCAGCAGUGCCCCAGUGAGCAUGAAGAUCUGGCCGCUGAACCAGACUGCAUUGAUGGUGAGCUGGGAACGCCCUCUGACCGUCUACCACCCGCCAAUCACCAGCUACAUGGUCUCCUACAGCUGGGUGAAACGUGAUGUGGCUGAUGAAAAGACCUUCGCUAAGACUGGGGACCAAAGCAUGAAAGCAGUCAUCACUAAUGUGUCCCCUGAUGUCCUGUACCUGUUCAGAGUGCAGGCAGUAUGUCAGCAUGACCUGCGCAGUGAUUUCAGUCAAACACUGCUGUUCAGAGCGAAUACAACAAGAAUAUUUGAAGGGUCCCGUAUAGUGAAGACUGGGAUGCCGACAAUAUCUCCAGCGUCCUCGGCCGACAUGGCUCCAAUCAGCUCGGGUUCCUCCACUUGGACAUCCUCUGGCAUCCACUUCUCCAUUGUCUCCAUGGCAACAGGCAUGGGCCCCUCCUCCAGUGGCAACCAGGCCACAGUGGCAUCAGUGGUGACGAGCACCUUGCUGGCAGGCUUGGGUGUAGGCGGAGGGGUCAUCUCUUCUUUGCCCAGCUCUAUUUGGCCCACGCAGGCACCCCAAGCCACGCGGAACCCCACCCGUCCAUCCGUCCCGCCUGCGAAGUCCAGCACGGAGCAGGGAGCGCCCCAGGGCUCCGACGCAGACGCCCCGUCUGAGGAGGGCCAGGCUGCACGUGACGGCGAGGAGGACGAGGAGGAGGAGGGGGAAAGAGAAGGAGAGCAGGAGGAGGGAGAGGAAGAGAAGAAGAGAAAGAGCAAGACUGCACCUGAUAAUGAGGAAAAGAUAGCGAACGGCACUGUGGCCAAAGAGCCUUUAAUCCCCACCCCCGCAUCCACAGCCAAAGAGAAAGGAGAUGGAAGGCCUACAGACAAAGGCAGCACAGUACCUGCGAGCACUGGUGAUGACCAGUUGGUCAACGUGCAGAAACCCACAGAUGUAAAUGCAGUGGCCACUCAAGAGCCUCGUAAUGACAGCGCAGAGAUGCAGAUUCCCGAGAGCUCCACGCUGUCUCCAAAGAUUAGUAGUGAUGGAAAGAGUCUCUGGCCUUUCUCUGUCCACACCGACAGGACCAUCUUGCCCAACAUGACCCGAAACCCCCACCUGGGGAUGGGCAGGAUGGUGUGGAUUGUCCCCUUGGUGGUGGUGUCUGCUCUCACUCUACUCUGCCUCAUAAUGCUGCUGAUUGUGAUGGUCUACUGGAGGAGAUUUUUCCAGACAGCUCACUUCUAUGUGGAGGAGAGCAGCUCUCCACGGGUGGUGGCCAAUGAGAGUAUACCAGUCAUCCCUAUACCAGAUGAUAUGGAGGCCAUCCCCGUCAAGCACUUUGUUAAACACAUCAUGGAGCUCUACAAGAACAACCUGCAGGGUUUCUCUGAGGAGUUUGAGGAGGUCCAGCGCUCCACAGCAGAUCUGAAAAUCACAGCAGAACAUUCCAAUCAUCCUGACAACAAGCACAAAAACAGAUACAUCAACAUUGUGGCCUAUGACCACAGCAGGGUGAAAUUACGAGCUCUGGCGGGGAAGGAUGCCAAACAUUCGGAUUACAUCAAUGCCAACUAUGUGGAUGGCUACAACCGUCCCAGAGCUUAUAUAGCUGCUCAGGGUCCUCUCAAGUCUACAUUUGAGGACUUUUGGAGGAUGGUUUGGGAGCAGAACACUGGAAUCAUCGUCAUGAUCACCAACCUGGUGGAGAAAGGAAGGAGGAAAUGUGACCAGUACUGGCCGACAGAGAACAGCGAGCAGUAUGGGAACAUUGUGGUGACGCUGAAAAGCACCAAAGUGCACGCCUGCUACACACUGCGGCGUUUCCUUAUAAGGAACACUAAAGUUAAACGGGGUCAGAAGGGGAACCCAAAAGGGAAGCUAAAUGAGCGCGUCGUGGUCCAGUAUCACUACACUCAGUGGCCUGACAUGGGAGUGCCAGAGUACACCCUCCCUGUCCUCACCUUCAUCAACCGCUCAUCAGCGGCUCGCACUGCCGACAUGGGCCCUGUCCUGGUGCACUGCAGUGCAGGGGUUGGGCGCACAGGAACGUACAUUGUCAUUGACAGCAUGCUUCAACAGAUCAAGGACAAAAGCACAGUCAGCGUCCUGGAUUUUCUCAAGCAUAUCCGCACACAACGCAACUACCUAGUUCAGACUGAGGAGCAGUAUGUUUUCAUCCACGACGCUCUGAUGGAGGACAUCCUGAGCAGAGAGACAGAGGUGCCCGCCUGGCAGCUGCACAGUUAUGUCAACAGCAUCCUCACGCCCAACUCGACAGGCCGCACACAGCUGGAGAAGCAGUUCAGGCUUCUGACUCAGUGCAACGCGCGCUUUGUGGAGUGCUUCAGUGCCCACAAAGACAGCAACAAGGAGAAGAACCGCAAUUCCUCAGUGGUUCCCUCGGAGCGAGCAAGGGUCGGACUCACCACUCUGCCUGGAAUGAAGGGAACAGAUUACAUUAAUGCAUCCUACAUAAUGGGUUACUUCAGGAGUAAUGAGUUCAUCAUUACUCAGCAUCCUUUACCCCACACAACUACAGACUUCUGGAGGAUGAUUUGGGACCAUAACGCUCAAAUUAUUGUCAUGUUGCCAGACAACCAGGGCCUGGCUGAGGAUGAAUUUGUUUACUGGCCGAGUCGGGAAGAGGCCAUGAACUGUAUAGCCUUCACCGUCACGCUCAUCAGUAAAGACAGACUGUGCCUCUCCAAUGAGGAGCAGAUAAUCAUCCACGACUUCAUCCUUGAGGCUACGCAGGAUGACUAUGUUCUGGAAGUGAGACAUUUUCAGUGCCCUAAAUGGCCCAACCCUGAUGCUCCUCUCAGCAGCGCCUUUGAGCUUAUCAGUGUCAUCAAGGAGGAGGCCAUGACUCGAGAUGGCCCCACCAUCGUGCACGAUGAGUAUGGGGCAGUGUCAGCAGGCAUGCUCUGUGCCCUCACCACACUGUCCCAGCAGCUGGAGAAUGAGGGAGUCGUCGACAUCUAUCAGGUGGCCAAGAUGAUCAAUCUCAUGAGGCCGGGAGUCUUCACUGAUAUUGAGCAGUACCAGUACCUUUACAAAGCCAUGCUCAGCCUGGUCAGUAACAGAGAGUGUGGUCUGAGCCCCAUGCACAUGGACACUAAUGGGGUGAUGGUGGUUGCAGACGAGUCGGACCCUGCAGAGAGCAUGGAGUCGCUCGUCUGAGGACAUUCUUCCAGGCACUUAAUUUGUAAAGAACUUUUCUGAGGCCUUUUUUGCCAGACUAUUGAUUAAAUGAAUAACCUUAUUACUUUUUAUACUGAUAAAGGUUUUUUGAUAUUUAUGUUUUUGUCCUUUAUUUCUUGUCUUAAAUGUUAUCCUGCUGAGCGUUUGCACCUGUUUAAGUUGACGUGAGGAAAAAGCAGCUCUGUCCAGUUUGCACUAUACUAUCAGUGUUACUGCCUAAAUCCAGUGAGUGAAAAACGUUUCCCAGUUAAAUCCUGGCAUCACGACACAACUGGGAUAUUUGGACCGCAUUGAGACGAACCUGAAGCGUGAAGAACCAGGAUGAGUUACGGCGAUCCACUACCCGAUAAUGUCUCAAAACAAAACGUCACUUCACAACGUAGCCCAGCAUGCAUUACGUCACUUUUGUCACCUUGAUCAAACUGUUUUGAGGCUCGGCUCCACAGGGGCGAAGCUCUUUAUCACAUGUUAAGAGACUAUUACCUGCCUAUUAUUCAUAUAUUGUCCAAAUAUCUCACUGCUGUCUUGUAUAAUGUGGCUUGUUUUGUUGAAGUGUGUUACAACAUCUAAUGUGAACAUUUAUUGCUUUUUACAGGGAUUUAUAUUGUUAUAAUUGUUUUGUAAUAUAUAUAUAUAUUAUAUCCUUAAUAGCCAGCCAAUGUUUUCUUUUUUUAAGUAUUUUGCCCAUUGUCCACUGGCCUUGGUGUAGAUUUUGUUUGUUUUUUAAAGUAUUCUGUAGCUUGUCAUGAAUAAUCUACAACGCUCAAUUUUCUUUCAUCAUACUUUCCAGCUUUUCUAACCUCAACCGUCGAAGCUGUUAACACUUGUAAAGGGUAUCCGUAUUGAAACAGUACAGUGGCUACAAAAAGUAUUCACCCCUACACAAACUUUGUUUUAUUGUUUGACAACAUUAAAUCACAGUGGAUGUACUAAUGACUGAUUCUUGACAUUGAGCAACAGAAUAAAGUACUUUUAAUGUUAAAGUGAAAACAAAUGUCUACAAAGUCAUCUAAAUUAAUUACAAAUAAAUUUUUCCAGGUUGAUAUUAAUUAAAAACACCUUUGGCAGCAUUUACAGAGAGUCUGUGUGGAUGGCUUUGUACAUCUGGACACGUUUGCAAUUGAUAACGUCUAGUUUAAUAAUAAUUGUUCUGCUAAAGACCUUCAUGUAUAGCUGUGGUUAUAUAUUUUAUAUUUUGUCAUCGGUCUGAUGAAAAAGAAAUCAUCUUUCAGUUCGCUCCCAUCCUCCAGGAUGUCUUUAUAUUUUACUGCAUUCAUUUUACUCUCCAUCCUCACAAGCCUUACAGGGAAGCAUCAAGGGUGUGUUCCGGCAGAUGUGGGGUGUUUGGCUUCCACUCCACAAAGCAUUUACUCAUAAAACCACCAGACGCUUGUUCUUUGCCACUUUUACAUACAGCGGUGACUGAUUAAACUCCAGGGCAAUGCCUCCUAUCUCAGCCAUGACACCCUGCUGAUUCUUCAAAGCUCCCAUGGCCUCUUUGUGGUCUCACUAGUGCCCUCUUGCCCUUCUUCUCAACACACUCAGUUUUUUAAGGAUGACCAUCUCCAGGCAGAUUUUAAAGCUGUGCCUCUUUCAUUUUCUGUAAUCGUAUUAUGGAUAUCCUGUGCCUUCAAAGUGUUUCUUAUAUGCUUCCCCUAAUUAGUACCAGUAAACCUGUCACAGAUUUGUUUGGAUUAUUCUUUUUUGUUUUUUCAGUGAUGAUUUCAGUCUCAUAGUAAAGGGAUGAAAACGUGCAAUCACUUGUUUGAUAUUUUUUUUUUUUAGGCUUUUGUUUUCACUUUUACAAUGAAGAGGGUUUUUUUCUUUUGAUCAGUGUUGAAAAAAAUCCUAAUUACAUCCACUGUGAUUUUUUAAAAGUUGUAAAUAAAUAAAAAGGAGGUGAAUACUUUCUAUAGGCACUGUAGUUUCUUUCUGGGAAGUGAUGCUUUAUUUGUAACCAAAGAUGUGGUUCCAGUUUGCAACAUGUAAGUGGUUUUAUCUUGAUCUAUUUAAUCAACUAGAAUUUAAAAUUAAAAUCAGAAUUAAAUCUUGCAGUACAGAUUAUCAGUCUCAGAGGUGCGAAUUGAACGAGAGUUCAGCAUGUUUCUGUUCGGGCCUCAGGAUUACAGUAGAUAAUCCGAGUUCAUUAAGUUUUCCUCACAAUAAGAUUGAAAUUUCAGACUGUAAAAUGUAUUUUAUUUGGGCUGAUAUUCUGUCUCUGAACUAUUUUGUGGCUAUUAAUUAUAAGCCCUUUUAAAGCCUGAACAUCCCUCUCUCUUGUUUGAUUUAUGUGUAUCCUCACAUUCUAUGAUGUACUAUUUUCUUCUUGUUACUUUUUUCUGUGAACGCCCACUUCUCUGACAUAAGGGGAGUUUGUUCAAUUCAGUGAAAACUCUCCAACAUUUGGAGACAAGUCCAGAUUGCUGAUCACUUAGCUGCAACAAAACUUUUCCUUACAGCAACUCUUCUUUCUUCUUUUGAAUGAAUGCCAGCGGGCAUCCAUUCUGUCUGAUAUUUCCACACUAAUUGAAAACAAGAAUGUUGUGGCUGCGCACAUUUACUUCAAAAACAAAUGUCUUUGUCUUUGUGAUCAUAAAAGUUUAUAUUUUCAUACAAAUAUUUGGUUUGUAUAGUGGCCCUGUGACAGAUUGUACUUUCGUGGGAAAUGUAUUAUCCAAAUCCCCACAGUCACAUCUGCCCCUCUGAGGUCCAUGCUGAUAUUUAAACUAGAUUUUCCGGACAAGGAUCCAGUAUGUUAGCCUCAGUGCAUUUCAGCCAGGUUGGUAGUUAAGUCUGUUUAGAAAAUAAUACAAUGGUUUUGUCCAUCAUCAUAUAACAUGUUUAUAUGAUAGUAUCAUAGCCAUAUACUUCUAUGAUGCUGUCAUAUACCAUAUUAUAGUGUACUAGUGUUAUUUAAUAGGUAAAACUGUAUUUCUAUACAUUAAAUAAAGUUUGGGUUUGGGUUCCCAGCAA